UUUCCCUACCAUGUUUUAGAAAAGUACAACAGCCUAAAUGUCGCGGAAAGAAUCAAUCAAUCGCGGUAGUUUGUAAAUCUUCUUCUUCUUCUGUUUAAUUUUGGCUCGCGCGGCUUGCGCAUUUGCCACAAAGCAAAAUAAAAGCUUGGGAACUACGUAAUAAAAAAUAAAAAAUACGGAUUCGCAAGGGAGAGAUUAAUCUUAAGUUUAAAAAAAAUCCAAAAUGUCGCGACAGUCGCUUUUUUUUUAAAGUGAUUUUAUGACCAGAUAUUGCCAGUGUUGGCAUUGGCCGCUAAGAAAGCUGACGGACUGUGCACCGGAGAAACAGAACCUUACUAAUAACUACAACUGAAAACAGAAUAAUUUAAAAUAAUUAAGAACACAUAAUUAACCUAAUAGAUUUAAGACAAAAUGGUUAAAACUGUGCUAAUCGCAUUGAUUUUAUGGAUUUCUUUAUGUUCUGCGAAAAAGGCUGCACAAAAACCGGAUUGGGCUAAAAAAGAUAUUCGAGACUUUUCUGAUGCUGAUAUGGAAAGGCUUUUAGAUCAAUGGGAAGAAGAUGAAGAGCCUCUUCCUGAAGACGAACUCCCUGAGCACUUAAGAAAACCUCCAGCUUUAGAUCUUACAAAGAUGGAUAUGUCGAACCCUGAGGCAGUUUUACAAGCAACUAAAAAAGGCCAGACUCUGAUGAUGUUUGUGUCUGUAGCCAACAAACCUUCUAGAGCAAGAACAGAAGAAAUUACUAAGAUAUGGCAAACAUCACUUUGGAGCAAUCAUAUUCAAGCAGAAAGGUACUUAAUAGAUGAUGACAGAGCCAUUUUCAUGUUCAAAGAUGGAUCUCAAGCAUGGACUGCUAAAGAAUUUCUAUUAGAACAGGAGGAGCUUAAAGAAGUUCAAUUGGAAAGUCAAACAUACCCAGGAAAGAAACCUGAUAUUAAAAACAAAGCUCUAAGGGAUGAGUUAUAAAAUAACUAUAAUAAAAUAAAUUGUAUGAUUUAUAUGUAUAUUUGUACUAAAGUUUUCCGUAAACAUUCCUGAAGCUGAGAGUAAUCUACCAACAUAAAUGAAAAAAAUCAGAAUAUUCAUUUACAAUACAAACACUUUUAGAAAGAUUUUAUCUUAUAAUAAAAAACCACAAUUAUGUACUAGCUAAUUUAGUACAAUUUGAGAUCUUAUUAGUUUCAUUAAGGUAUGUUGAAAAAGCGGUAUUUUAUUGAUCAAGUUAUUAGGAUGGGCUAACGUCAGCUUAUCCUGUAAAAAUGAGCAAAAUUUUCUAUUUUUUUAAAUAAAAGUAAAUGAAAAGA